AUGCUUUGCGCGCGCUCAACACCAGGCCCACGCAUUCGAACCGCGUACCUCGGCUGUUCUCGUUCUUUCCGGCCAUGUAGCCCCGCCACCGUCGGGCGCCUUGGUCGACGGAAUGUAACCACGGCCUUGGUUCAUCGUGGGCCUGGAUCUGGACCCCUUCAAGACCAGCGAAAAAUUCCGCAUCUCCAGGUCCGCGGCAAGAAAACUCGGACGGUCGUCAAGCUCGACGAUUUACCCCAGGGAUUUGUCGCACCAGCAGAGCCGCUCCCACCCGAAGAAGAUGAACCGGCAUACCCAACCGUGGUGCUACAGGCGCGCCGCCAUAUGCAAAAGUUUGGCAAUUGUGUGCUGCUCACACGUGUCGGUGGCUUCUACGAGUUGUACUUUGACCAGGCCGACGAGUACGGUCCGCUCCUCAACAUUAAAGUAGCGCAAAAGAAGACAAGUGUCGGCCCAGUUUCAAUGGCCGGCUUCCCAUUCUUCCAGUUGGAACGCUUCCUUAAGAUUCUCGUCCAGGACUUCAACCGCUAUGUAGCCGUUGCUGAAGAGUUCCCAAACGACCCCUCGGAGAAGGUCAAGUCGGGAGGUCUGAUGCACACUCGCAGGGUGACCCGUAUCAUCACGCCAGGCACCCUCAUCGACGAGAACUUUAUGGACCCGUAUGCAAACAACUAUGUCAUGGCCAUUCACCUGCCCGAGCCGGCGGUAUCGGAUGAUGUGAGCUGCCAAGAGGACCAACAUGCCACCGAGACGUCAGAUUCCGCAAAUGAUGCCCCCACUGGGCUAGGUCUGGCAUGGCUGGAUCUGUCGACGGGCUCUUUUUUUACCCAGCCGACAACAUUGGCUGAGCUUGGCUCCGUCCUUUCCCGAAUCUCUCCUCGGGAGGUAGUCCUUGACCAAGCACUUGAAGUCGACCAGAGCCACGCUCUUCUGUCUGUUCUCCAAGAGGAAAGAUACCUCGUAACCUAUUCGCCCCAUGGGGCGCUGCGACAGCUGUCCGACUGGGAGCCCAUGCUAGAGUCAGAGAUACCAGCCCAGACAGUCGACAAGUUCACGGAUAGUGAGGUACAAGCGGGGAGUAUUCUGCUUCAGUACGUCAAGGGCCGGUUGCAAGGGCUGAGCAUGAAGCUUCAGCCGCCGCUCCGUCACGAGAGCGCGCAUCUCAUGAAUAUCGACAAGAAUAGCAUGCGCUCCCUAGAGAUUAAACAGACGCUUAGGGAUGGCGCCUUCAGGGGAAGCUUGCUGCAUGCUAUCAGACGAACUGUGACCAAGAGCGGCGCGCCUUCAACGUCGCUUGAAGUCAUCAAUUUCCGACAGAACCUAGUCUCGCGGUUCAUCCAGGACGAGGACCUCCGAGACGCCGUAAUCGUCCUCCUCCGCAGGAGCCAUGACUCGCAACGUCUCGUCCAAAAGUUCGCGCUCAACCGCGGAGACCCAGACGACCUACUCCGGCUCGCCAACACUAUCAAGGCGACAGACGACAUCGUCAACCUCCUCAAAUCAUCCGUUCCACCCCAGCCAGACAACGGCCCGGAGGCGAAAUGCCUCUCUACGAUGGUAGACCGCAUCAGCCUCGACCAGCCUCUAAAACUCGCCCAGCGCAUCCGCGACGCCAUCGACGAGGACGGCCUCGUGCACCAGCACCAGAUCGCAGACAGCGAAGCGGACGAGAUGAUAGCCCUCGCCCAAGAGAUCGUCAAGACGGAAGGCACCGACGAAGACGGCACACUGCUCCCCAAGGGCGCGACGGCCAAGAUGACGACGACGACGACGACGACGACGGCCAAGAAAAGAUCUUCGGCCUCCAUCCGCGACCACUACGGCGAGGACAGCGAGGUGUGGACUAUGAAGCCGGGAGCCUCGGCGCUGCUCACGCGCCUGCACAGCCAGCUGGCGGCGCUGCGCCAGGAGAAGGAGGCCCUCACCGAGACCCUCCGCGCCCGCCUCGGCGCGGGCUCCCUCACGCUGCGCUGGACGCCCAUGCUCGGCCACAUCUGCCACGUAAAGGGCAAGGACGCGCGGAGCCCACCCUCCGCCGCCGACGACGCAGGCGGCGGCCUGGCACCCCCGAUCCGCACGCUCUCGUCGAGCCGCACGACACGGUCGUUCCACCAGCCGGAAUGGACAUCGCUCGGCGAGGCGCUGGACCGGCUGCGGCACCAGAUCCGUGGGGAGGAGGGGCGGGUGUUCGGGGCGCUGCGGGCGCGGGUGGUGACCAACCUGGUCAAGCUGCGGCGCAACGCGCUGGUGCUGGACGAGCUGGACAUCGCGACGUCGUUCGCGCGGCUGGCGACGGAGCAGGGGCUCACGCGGCCGGCGCUCAGCAACACGCAGCAGACCGUCAUCGUGGGCGGGCGCCACCCGACCGUGGAGGGCGGGCUGGCCGAGCAGGGGCGCACGUUCCAGAGGAAUGACCUCUUCUUGGGGUCCGCGCCGGGGACGAGGACGGCGGCGGCAGCAGCACAGGGCCACGGCAGGAUCUGGCUGAUCACGGGCCCCAACAUGGCCGGCAAAUCGACCUUCCUCCGCCAAAACGCGCUGAUCACCAUCCUGGCGCAGAUAGGGUGCUACGUGCCCGCAGACUACGCCUCGUUAGGCAUCGUCGACGCCAUCUUCAGCCGGGUGGGGUCGGCCGACAACCUGUUCCAGGACCAGAGCACUUUCAUGGUGGAGAUGCUCGAGACGGCGGCCAUCCUACGGCAGGCGACGCCGCGGUCUUUCGUCAUCAUGGACGAAGUGGGCCGGGGCACGACGCCUGAGGAUGGCACGGCCGUGGCGUUCGCAGCGCUGCACCAUUUGGUGACCGUCAACAAGUGCCGGGCGUUGUUCGCGACGCACUUCCACGGCAUCGCGGAUUUGGUGGCGAAGGAGGGAUUAAGAGUGGAGGAUGGAGGCCCCAGCGGGACCAUCGACACGUACUGUACAGACGUGGAGGAGGACGAGCAAGGCGGGUUUGUCUACGUUCACAAGCUACGCAAGGGGGUCAACAGACAGAGCCACGCGCUCAAGGUGGCGCGCUUGGCUGGGCUGCCAGAACAGGCGAUACAGGUCGCCCAGCAGGUACUGCGGGAUUCUGGGGUUGAAAUGUCACCAGGGAUGGUACAUUCUACCAAGAUACCGUCGCCGGCGGCAGUUGGAGGAUAA